AUGCUGAGGUACGUCUACCAACUGGGCCUGAGGCUUCAUAAUGCUGAGUACGUCUACCAACUGGGCCUGAGGCUUCAUAAUGCUGAGAGGAUUGGUGACUCAUACCGUGGCUACUGUAACACCGACACAGAGCUGGAGACCAUCCUCCUGCUCCACAAGCAGCAGACCAACAGUGUGUUUGGGACACGCCAGUCCCCCUCCCCUGCCAAGCCUGCCAGCCGUCUGAUGUGGAAGUCCCAAUACGUACCUUACGAUGGCGUCCCUUUUGUCAAUGCAGGCAGUAGAGCUAUAGUGAUGGAAUGUCAGUAUGGUCCAAGGAGGAAAGGCCUCCAGCCCAAGAAGACUGCAGAGCAGAACAUCAGUCCGAUCAUUGAUUACAAAGCUACAUGCCCUGCCAGGAUCUAUAUCAAGAAGGUGUGUAAGUUUCCUCAGCACCGGGUGCCUACGGAUCCUAACGUAGACAAGAGGGUCGUUCGUCAGGAACAGGAGAAAGCCUUCUUCAACCUCCGGAAGACCCUGUGGGACGUGGGGCGGAGUCCUGAGGUACUACAUGCAGCUCCCCACCCAGAAAGCUCACCUCUAUCAUGA